AUGUCUCGAACUGCUAAAAUCCCUCCAGUGGUGACAACUGCUGGUGAACUGCUAGAAGGUCAAGGUAGUGAGAGUAAAGAUGUAGAUGUUAACUCCCCAUCGUCCCGGGGGAAAGUGAUUAUAGUGGCAAAUUUUCUGCCGCUACAUGCUCAGAAGGAUUUAGAGACAGGCGCAUGGUGCUUCAGUUUUGACGAGGAUUCACUUUUGUUACAAUUGAAGGAUGGUUUCAGAAGUGAAACUGAUGUUUUUUAUGUGGGAUCUCUGAAGGUUGAUGUAGAUGCAAGUGAACAAGAUGAAGUAGCCAAUAGAUUGCUGGAGGAGUUUAACUGUGUGCCUACUUUUCUUUCUUGUGAACUACAUGAGAAGUUUUAUCACGGGUUCUGUAAGCAAUAUCUGUGGCCUCUUUUCCAUUACUUGCUGCCCUUGUGUCCGGACUAUGGCAAUCGCUACGACCAGUCGCUUUGGAAGGCCUAUUAUUCUGCUAAUAAGGUGUUUGCAGAUAAAGUCAGGGAGGUUAGCAGUCCUGAAGAGGAUUAUGUAUGGAUUCAUGACUAUCAUCUUAUGAUUCUCCCCACAAUUUUAAGAAGGCGUGCCCAUCGAGUCAAGGUUGGGUUCUUUCUUCACAGUCCAUUUCCUUCAUCAGAAAUAUACCGAACUCUGCCAGUAAGGGACGAAAUUCUAAAAGCACUGCUGAAUGCAGAUUUAAUCGGUUUUCAAACAUAUGAUUAUGCUCGUCACUUUCUGUCUUGUUGUAGUAGAAUGUUGGGGCUAAACUAUGAAUCUAAGCGGGGUUAUAUUGGAGUUGACUAUUUUGGCCGAACUGUGUAUAUCAAGAUAUUGCCUGUGGGGGUUCAUAUGGGCCGACUUGAAUCUGUCUUAAACCACCCGUUGUCAUUUUCCAAAGUCAAAGAAAUCCAAGAACAGUUCAAGGGGAAGAAACUUAUUCUGGGCGUCGAUGACAUGGACAUUUUUAAAGGCAUUAGUCUGAAACUAUUAGCUGUGGAACAGCUUCUAAAACAGUAUCCAGAGUGGCAAGGCAAACUAGUCUUGGUGCAAAUUGUGAAUCCUGCAAGGAGCACAGGGAAAGAUGUUCAGGAAGCAAGAAUGGAGACGUAUGCAACUGCCACAAGGAUAAAUGAAACUUAUGGCUUUCCAGGCUAUGAACCAGUGAUCCUAAUUGACCGUUAUGUUCCACUCUAUGAAAAGACUUCCUAUUAUGCUUUGGCAGAAUGUUGCAUAGUGAAUGCUGUGAGGGAUGGAAUGAACCUUAUGCCAUACAAGUACAUCGUUUGCAGGCAGGGAACUCCAAAAAUGGAUGAAGCUAUGGGUAUUGCAGAUGGAUCCCCUCGUACAAGUACACUUGUCCUUUCAGAGUUCAUAGGGUGCUCACCUUCUCUAAGUGGGGCAAUCAGGGUUAAUCCAUGGGAUAUUGAUGCUGUAGCUGAAGCACUAAAUGCGGCCAUCACAAUGUCUAAUUUGGAGAAACAGUUGCGGCAUGAGAAGCACUACCGUUAUGUGAGCUCUCAUGAUGUGACUUACUGGGCUCGCAGUGUUGUGCAGGAUUUAGUGCGAGCAUGCAGAGAGCAGUAUGGUAAACAAUGCUGGGGCCUUGGUCUUGGUCUAGGUUACAUUAUUAUGUCACUUUCUCCAACUUUUAAGAGGCUUUCUAUUAAUCAUAUCGGCUUGGCAUAUAAGAGGGCAGAAAGCAGGGCGGUAUUUUUGGAUUAUGAUGGUACAUUGGUGCCCGAUGCUGCUAUUGUCAAAGAACCCAAUCCUAAUGUCAUUUCUGUUCUGGAGAAUCUCUGCAGUGACCCUAAGAACACUGUCUUUGUUGUUAGCGGAAGGGGGCAAGACUCUCUAAGUGGAUGGCUUUCAAAGUGCGAGAAUCUAGGAAUAGCAGCUGAACAUGGAUACUUUGUAAGGUGGAGUAGAAUGUCCAAUUGGGAAUCCAGUCCCUUAACUUCUGAUUUUGAUUGGAAAAGACUUGCAGAACCGGUUAUGGCAACAUACUUGGAGUCAACUGAUGGCUCUUUUAUAGAGGCGAAAGAGAGUGGGUUAGUGUGGAACCACGGAGAUGCAGACCCUAUUUUUGGAUCCUGUCAGGCCAAGGAAAUGUUGGAUCAUCUUGAAGAUGUCCUUGCAAAUGAGCCUGUAGUUGUCAAGAGAGGCAAGCAUAUCAUUGAAGUUAAAACACAGGUACAUAUAUACAGCCUCUUUUUUUUUUCUUUUCUUUUUUUUCUCGAUUCUUGAUCUUUUGUUAUGGCCAAACGGCCUAACAAUUGCCUCGUCACAUGCACAGGGAGUGACAAAAGGUGUGGUUGUAGAGAAAGUUCUUUCGACAAUGUCUGGUAAAGGAAAGCCACCAGACUUUGUGUUGUGUAUU